AUUCAGCACCCCUUCUCGGCCCUGGCAUUCUUCCCCGAAUGACGCUCGCAUCACCGCACAUACCUGCGUUGCGCCAUGGAUGCGAUUUGGACGUUGCACGUGGUGCUGCCGAGCGGCCGUUCUUGUGAAGUGAAGUUGUCGAAGCAGUGUACCGUGCUGGAGCUGAAGGUGGCGGCUCAACGGCUCUUGAACCAGAACUUGCUCAAGCUGCUUUAUGCUGGCACUCUCCUCGAUGCUUCAGCCCAGCUUUCCUCACUGGGCUCGCUGCAUGGGGAGACUCUGAACGCUGUGGUGCAAGUGGUGCAAAUCACCGCGACGCGCGAGGCCUUUGCACUGUGGUGCCACGAGGGCGGCCUCAUCACCUGGGGUCAUCCGGGUUGCGGUGGCCUGCUCCCCCUAGAGCUUCGCCCUUUGCAGCGUGUGCGGCGCGUGGUGGCCUCGUUCCACACCUUUGCGGCCAUCGUUGGGGAGGGAGAGGUCGUGACCUGGGGCUAUGGCCGCUGCGCCCCGCCAGAGCCCAUCCUUGACUGUGUCGAGGUAUGUGCUUCGGGCGCUGCUUUCGCUGCGCAGCGGCGUACGGGCGAGGUGGUGACCUGGGGUGAAGCUGACUUUGGAGGCGACAGUUCUCAGGUGGAAACGGAGCUGCGCGAGGUCGUCCGCCUCCAAGCCUCCGAGGGCGCCUUCGCCGCCGUGUGCGGCGCCGAGCGGCGCGUGGUGGCCUGGGGGCAUCCAGACUUUGGAGGUGUGACACCACUGGAGGCGAUGCAGCCAGUGAAAGAGGUGACUUGCCUUUGUGCCUCGGAGGCGGCCUUCGCUGCGGUGUGCGGCCGCGGUCGGGUCGUCACCUGGGGGCAUCCGCACUUCGGGGGAGACAGCGGUGCUGUAGCCGCUCAACUCACCUCGGUGCGUCACGUCGUCGCCACCUGCGCUGCGUUCUGCGCUCUCCGGCACGAUGGCUCCUUAGUCGCUUGGGGCGUCUCCACCUGCGGUGGCACCCUGCCGUCCCCCGCGCCCACCGGCGUCGCCUCCCUCGCCGCCUCCAACGCCGCCUUCGCCGCGGUGACGGAACGGGGAGUGGUGACCUGGGGCAUCAGCGGAGGUGGCGGCGAUAGCAGCCGUGUGCAGCCGGAGCUCUACGACGUCCUCCACGUGGUUGCUUCAGCGCGCGCCUUCUGCGCUCUGCGGAGGGAUGGGGCGGAGACUUGGUCAGUUUGUGGUUCCAGCAGGAGCGGGGGACUGACCACGAGAUCCUGGGCAACGUGUUCACAACAUGUUUUGCGCUCUGGAAACACAUGGAGCGACGAAUAGGACAAGUGUGGACAAGUCAAACGGCUGAGGAUACUGUACCAUCCAGCCACCGGAUGGCAUGGGCCAGCAAGCUUGGUCCUUCGAACUUCGGGUGAUUUGGUAGCUCCAUCUUCCUGCGCGCGGUCGCACUAGGUCGCAGAUGGUCAGGGACACGUCCCUGUUGGGGGUCCGAUCAUCCAUGGAACGAUCGGCUCACUGUGGGUUCACCAAGAGUUCAUGGGCUGGGGCCCACUUCACAUAUGCGGGGUCCGUUCCUGAAAGAGCAAUUGGAGCUCUGGAUUGCGUCUUCUCAUGGUUUUCACCUCUUUUUCCACUUGAGCCCUUGGAUUGCCCCCCCCAAAACGUGCCGAGAUCAUCACCUGGGGCGAUCCCAAUUAUGGCGCUGCGGGCCCUUCUUCCGCGGCGGCCGUCGACCGCGGGCACGGGCGAUGGACCCUAGCGGCCAGCGAGCGGGCCUUUGCCGCGUUGAGUGCGGAAGGGCAGCUGAUCACCUGGGGCGAUCCGGAUGCUGGGCGAAGGUUAGGAAGGUUCAGUACGUGGAAGAGAUUAUCAGCUGGAAUGGGGAGAGGAAAUGGGGAAUCACAGCAGCUGAACCGCCCGAUCGACCUCGACCUCGACAUCGACGCGGACAGGCCCACAGGGGUCCAGUUCUUGAGAAUACAGCUCAAUGGAGUCCAGUUCUUGGUUGGAAACCCCGGUUGCAGCUCAAAGAGCGAUCCGGCCGGUCUUGGCCAAAACUCAUGGCCCCCAAUUUAAUGGAUUCUGAUGGUACGUUGCAGAUUGUGGACAUUGCUCGCUUUGAC